AUGCGCCUGCACCUGUCCAUUAUUUACAGCGUGGUCCUGCUGGGCGUUGCCUGGACUGUUGCUGCUGACCUCCCAAGUCCUCCGCAAUGCGCUAUCGAAUGUCAGCAGGAACUGCUUGCACGAGAGACAACAUGCCCUUCCACCGAGACUUCAUGUCUCUGCGCCGACGAGAACUACCAGUCGGCCCUAUCAAGCUGUGUGACGGCGAACUGCACAAUGAAAGACGCACUACUGGCUAAAUACGUCGGUUCUCGCCAAUGCGACAUCCCCGUAACGCAGCGCUACCCAGAGGCCGAUGCUGGCACGAUCAUCCCCUUCGCGAUCGCGACGAUCCUGUUUAUUAUUCGAAUGGCCACGAAGACGAUGCAUCUGGGCGGAGGCUGGGGCCCUGAUGAUUACACUCUUACUGUCGCAUAUGCGUUGGCAAUUGUUGUCUUCUCGAUAAAUAUUUCAAUGAUUCAUUAUGGAUUUGGGAAGAAUAUCUGGGACAUCUAUCCCCAGGACAACAUCACCAAGGCAUACAAGCAUUUCUUUGGCUUUGUCCUGGCGUACAAAGCAUUGAUCUCCCUUGCAAAGAUCUCCGUUUGUCUAUUCCUCCUCCGAAUCUUCCGGUCUGCCGUGUUUCGCUGGACUGCAUACACCAUGAUCGGAAUCAACUCCGCCAUCGCCGUCACCUGGAUGCUCACCGAUAGCUUCCACUGCAUUCCAGUCCACCUAGCCUGGACUCAGUGGGAGGGGCUAGAGCAGGGGAAAUGUAUCGACUUUACGGCAGCCACUUUCGCCAACGGAAUCGUCAAUAUCAUGGUCGAUGCCGUCAUGGUCGUGAUGCCCAUAUACGAGGUUUCCAAGCUCAAUCUGUCGCUGCGCAAGAAGGUCGGCGUCGCAGUAAUGUUUGCAUCAGGAUUAGUACUGACGAUUAUUGGAGUUGUCCGAGUCGUUGUAUUUUCAGAGAACAGCUCUAUCGAAAAUCCCACUUACGAAAUGGAGGCCCUCAAUCGCUGGUCUGUCAUUGAAUGCCAAAUCGCCAUCAUCUGCGCCUGUCUUCCUGCCACCAGAGCAAUGCUGGUCCGUAUCUUCCCUGGCAUGUUUGGAGCGGAAAGCGGCCACGCUUCCAGUGGACAGAUGAACCAGUACAAAAGCCGCACUCGUACUGAUCGUGGAACAAAUGCAGCUGGUGGGAGAAGUCGUAUCUCGAAGACGGUCUCGUACUCGGUUGACUACAGCGGGAAAUCGCCCAGGGAGUCUGCGAAUGGCUUCAUCCAGCUGUCUGAAGUGGAGUCCCAUAGGAGCUGA